AUGUUGGCCACCUCGCACUGCGUGCGCAUACAGCGUAUCGUCGCUCAGCAGCGAAAGCGCGCUCUACAUGAUCUCGUCACCGUACCUGGGCACAAGCCCUUCAUCGCGCAGGGCCCACCCGGGCGCAGCGCGACAACGGGGCACAUCGCUACAGUGUUUGGCUGCACGGGAUUCCUGGGGCGGUACCUUGUCGCGAAGCUUGCCAAGGCGGGCACGCAGGUUGUCAUUCCUUACCGCGACGAGGACGAGAAGAGGCACUUGAGGGUGACUGGAGAUUUGGGCCAGAUCGUGUCUAUGGAAUGGGACCUCCGGAGACCAGAUCAGAUUGAGGAGUGCUUGCGACAUUCCGAUAUCGUGUACAACCUCGUCGGGAGAGACUAUGAGACUAAGAAUUUCAGCUUCGACCUCGUCAAUGCGAAAGGGGCGGAAAGCAUCGCGAGCAUUGCCGCGCAGGCCGGUGUCCCGCGUUUCGUCCACGUCUCGCACCUUAAUGCGUCGCAUGAGUCAAAGUCCGCGUUCUACCGGUCGAAAGCACUGGGCGAGGACCUGGUGAAGGAGGCGUUCCCCACCGCCACGAUUGUCCGCCCUUCCAGUAUGUUCGGCUACGAGGACAAGCUACUCAAUAAUAUGGCUGUGUGGCCCGUGUGGUGGAAGUUCAACCAUAUGCAGACGAAGAUGCGCCCCGUGCACGUGUUGGACGUCGCACAAGCGCUCACAAACAUCCUCUCGAUGCCGUCUCUCACUGGUGUGCUGAACCUGCCCGGUCCGUCCACGCUCACGUAUGAGUAUCUGCUGAAUCUCGUCUCGACCGUCACGUACAAACCGCCGUCGCGCGCGUUGCCGCUGCCCAAGGUCGUCGCCCUCUUACUCUCUCGGAGCGCGCAGAGCCUGUGGUGGCCGAUCAUCUCACCUGACGAAGUCCUGCGCCGCUACAUCGACGACGUCGACGUUCCCGGCGACUGGGAAAAAGUCGGGAUCACCCCCGAUGAGAUCGAGGACUGCGCCAUCACCUACCUGCGCCGCUUUCGCUCUGCCGAGAACUAUUCGCGCCCGGUGGUAUUCCCUGCCUCUCGGGACACGACUUAUGAUCUGCCAUAG